AUGGGAUCCUCCACCGCCGAACUCCACAUUUUCUUCCUCCCUUUACUCACCCCCGGCCACAUGAUCCCCAUGCUUGACCUCGCCGUUCUCAUCUCCGGUCGAGGCAUACGCAGCAUCAUCAUCACCACUCCAUCCAACGCCGAUCUCAUUCGCCUCUCUCUCUCCGACUACAACAACCCCAAUAUUCACCUCCUUACCAUCCCUUUCAUCUCCGAGAACUCCCUCCACCAGCCCGAAAACCUAACGAGUCUUCCCACCCCAGAAGUCACUCCCGACUUCUUCGCCUCCCUCUGCUGCCUUGAAUCUCACGUCGAAAACCUCCUCCUCACCCACCGACCAGACUGCAUUAUCUCCGACAUCUUCUACCCGUGGACCACCGCCCUCGCUAAGCGCCACGGCAUUCCCCGGAUCGUCUUCCAUGGCACCAGUUACUUCGCCUUCACCCUCAUGAGCGUCAUCAGCCUCCUUCGUCUCUAUGACUCUGUUUCCACCUCUGAUGAGCUUUUUCUCGUCCCCGGCUUAACUCAUUCCAUCAAGAUGACCCGAUCCCAGUUGCCGCAGAUAAUCACUUCGCCGUCAGAGUUCACCACCGGAUUUGCCUCUUCAUGGGAAGAAAAUUACGGCAUGGUUAUGAACACCUUUUACGAACUCGAGCCUGCCUACGCCGAUUCUUUCAAAUCCACUGGAGGGGUGCGAAGCUGGCAUGUAGGCCCUGUUUUCCUCUCCCGCCAUUCUGCAGACACAGGUGGGGUUGCGAAAUGCGAAGUUUUUGAUUGGCUCGACGGAAAGGAAGCCAGCUCUGUUCUUUAUGUGUGCUUUGGUAGCCUGCCGCGUUUUACGGCGGCCCAAUUUCAAGAGAUCAGGGCGGGGUUGGAGGCGGCCGGCCGGCCUUUUGUGUGGGUGGUAAGGGAAGAUCCGGUGGCGGAGGGAAAUGUUCCGGUUUCCGGAGAAGGAUCCAUUGGGUUCGUGAUAAAGGGAUGGGCGCCGCAGCUUGCGAUACUCAAGCAUCAGGCGGUGGGAGCAUUUUUGACGCACUGCGGUUGGAAUUCUUGUCUGGAAGGGAUUGCGGCGGGUGUGCCGAUGGUGACAUGGCCAUUAUUUUCGGAUCAGCAAUUCAAUGAGAGGCUUUUAGUGGAUGUGCUGGGCGUGGGUGUGGGUGUGGGUUCGGUGGUGAAUAGCAUGAGGGAGGAGGAGAGGACGGUGGUGGUGGCGGAGAAAGUGGCGGCAGCGGUGGAGGCUGUGCUGGGUGGAGGUCAGGAAGCGGAGGAAAGGAGGAGGAAGGCGAGGGACAUGAAGGCGGUGGAGGAAAGAGGGUCGUCGGAAGUAGAGUUGGGACGGAUGGUGGACGCAUUGAGGGCUUUGAAGAUGGGCGGAACGAAGGAGGUAGCGGGAAAUGGAGUGAUAAGUGCCGACUGCGAAAUAUAG